AUGGGAUUUCAAGACGACGAUGAUGAUGUGAAGCCUUGGAAGGCGAGGUUUGUCUUUUUUUCUGACUUUGGUCGAAUUUGGUUUUUCAAAGUUAAUAAUUUGAGAUAUUUUAAAUUUCGGCCAAUUAUUCUUCAAGUUAUCCUCUGUUUGAAGUAUUGUUCGAGUAAAUCGUCUUGUUGAACGCAAAAAUUGGGAAAUCUCAAGCUGAUUAUUCUUCGAAAAAAAAAGUUGUAGAGGCUUCAAGCGAACAUAUGAAAGGAAAAAAGGUUCCAAAAGUCCUUUUUUUAUUCAUUUUCAUAGAAAGUUCUCCGGUAAAGCAUUUUUGACCGUUUUGAUGUACUUUUAGCGGCAGUUUUGAAACUUUUCCAGGCUUCUCCUCGUUUUUGGCGGCUUUUUCGGCGCCCAUCGUUUAUAUCUUCGCCAAAUUCCCGAAGCUUUCGUGUUUUUCUCCACUUUUGGAGUAUUUUUAUUAGGUAGAAGUUACUUUUGAGCUUAUUUUCAAUAACAAGUUUUUUCAGGAGUUCUGUAUGACAGUUUUUAUUUGAAUUCGGAAGUUUCGCGGGUGAAUUUGUCGAAAGAGGACGACAGUCCUUUGUUGAAAGAGAAGUUCAAGUUUGAAUCUCAAUUUUCAGCAUUACAGUUGCAAAUAUUAUUCAGAAAUGGAAAACUGCUCGCGGCGCAGUCGAAGUUCGUGAGCUUUUCCUUUUCGCGGCUCAUUUUUUCGAUUUUGUACGGAUGCUGGAUUGGUAAGAUGUGUGGAUCGCAUGAAAGAUGAUUUUUUUUGUUCGUUUUGGUCAAAAUCAGAAUAUUUUGGUCAUUUUUUGAAGAAAGGGGUUUUGCGCAGCACGUAAAAAAAGAACAAACUUUUAUAUUUAUUCCUUUUAUUUCUUUUCCUCAUAAGAACUUUUCAGUUUCAGGGUUUCUUGCGUGGCUAGCGUGUUCCGUGACUCUUGGAUGGACCAAAUUCGAUCAUUUACUUUUUGUGGUGAUCAUUUCGGCGGCAAUUAGUGCGGGUGAUUGAAAAACGAAGCGUAAUAAUUCGAUUCGAUUUCAGGAAUUUACGUCGUGGGACAAUGUGGAGGGCAGUCCAGGGAAUUGUUGUACAUUUGGCUGACGGCUUCCAGCGUCUCCUUCUUACUGGUAAGUACGGAAGUUUUCUUUAAUUUAGAGAAAUUUACAACCGGAAGCUUUAGAGAGAAGAAGAUUCUCAUUCAAUUCAUGUUCUUAAUCUUCUUCUCUCAUUCAAUUUGAUUCAUAUCAUGUUAUGAGUUAUUUUUGGGCAACAAUUUCGAUAAAACUCCUCUAAAAUAAACAGAAUAAUCUUCUAAAAAGUAGUCAUUUUGCGUUUAAUUGUUGCUUUUUCAUUGCACUUUACAAAAAGAAAAAUAAUUUAAUUCUCAAAAAAGUGCGAGUUUUAACAAGCGAGCUUCACUGAGAAAGGAAUCAAUCUUUUUAUUUUAGCUUUUAUCAGCUUCUACAAAUGUUAAAUAAGGCUUUUUGAAAGUCUUUUCACACCUUUUAAUCCUUUUUGGGCCCAAAUAAUUAACUAAAGUGUUUUUGAAAGAAUCCAUAAAACGACUGAAAGCAAAUAAUUGGAAAUCUACACAAGAAUCUUGGAUGAAAACACUAGAAUGGAACAGGUAAAAGUGUUGGGUCUCGACACGCUCCGGAUGAUUUUGCUGACUUCGAUCGCCGCCACGUUGAUCGGCAACAGGACCGCCCGUUUUCGUGGAUUUCGCCAACGGCAUUCGUAUAAAAAGUUCUUCGUGAGUAGAAAAAUGAUAUAUUUAUUUCUUUUCGAACAAAUUAUUGUUUCAAAAGAUUUUUUUUAAGUUUUGGGGCUCCUUAUUCGCUCUACUCAUUUGCAUCAUUAUGAUGGGCUGUACCAGGAAAAUCAUGGAUAGGAAGGUUUGUGACGUCAUCACUUAUAUUUGACUUCAUCUUCUUCAAGGUGACCGCAACACAUCCUGGAAAAUCAAGGGCCAUUUCUUCUAUCGGCUCUUUGUUGCAUGAUAGGUUCUUCGACAAGAAACAUGUUUAUAGGUUGGUUUUUGAGCUGAAGAGAUUUUCAGAAGAGAACAUAGGUUAUUUCAAGUUUUCAUAUAUUCUUUAUAAGAACUACAAUUUGCGUUCGAGGCAAUUUCCGCGGAAUGAAAAAUUAUCCCAGACCCUCAAAGUUUUAGUUAUUAUUUUCACUCUCUGACGGCUAUUUUGAAUUUCGCGGAAUCACUUUCAUUAGAAGUUGAUUGAGAUUGAAGAAAGUUAGAAGAUUUUUGAUGGGGUUUUUCAGCAGAAAAAUUCGAAGGUUUUGUGGGUUAUUCUGAGAUUCUCCAUUAAAUCGGCCGAUUUCUGAAAAAAGAUCGUUUUCUCUAUUGAUUCACAAUCAAUAGAGAAAACGAUGAUCUUUUGAUCGGCAGAUUUUUUUUUUCAAAUAGUAUCUCAAACUUUUGGAACAUCAAGGAGUAAUCUGGCCGAUUUUCAGGGCAUUCUCAGUCGCAAAAUAAAAUGACUUGUUUAGAAUAACUAGAAUUUCACGAGCUAUUUUUCGGCUUCUAUUCAAGUUUGUUUAAAAUUUCUUUGCAGCUUUUUCAAAAACGAUCCGUUUAUCGAGUAUCAAGCCUAUACUACCACGGAUUCUCAUAGGAAAAAGUCGCUUUCAGACGAGGAGGUACUGAAAACUUGUAAAAUGUAUGCUCAUUCCAUUUUCAGCAGAGCGUGUCCUCGAAAAGACCCCUGAUCUCAUCGAAAUGGUGGAGGGUUUGGUCGAGCGACUUCUGGGACGAGCUGACGUCCGCGGCGACAUCGCGUCGCAUCGAUUGGGUCGAGAAGGCGGCGGUCGUCAUCGUCGACGUCCUUCGUGCCGAGACCCGCGUCAGAGAUGGCCGCCUCAAUGCUGAGCCUUUGAAAUGGGCCGCCUAUCGGAUGUUCCUGAUCCAUGUUUGUGAUUUGAUCCAAUCGAAGCCGAAAGUGCGCUCUGGCGGAACCCAUGCGAAAAAUAUACCAAGGAAAGAUCUCCCCAAAAAUUUUCGAAAGUUGACGCAAGAGGUUUAAACUACGGGCACAAACGCGGUUGUCAAUGUUUCAAAUUGACGUCAUUUUUUGGUCACAGCCAAGUCGCAAUCUACAGCAAAUCGGUUAUGACGUCAUUUUUGAUUUGAGUCUGGUCAGAAUGACGUCAUAGCCGAGCUGCAAAAGAUAGUCUAAUUAGAGCCGUUUUUUGCAGCUUUGUUAUUAGCUGGAAGUUUUCGGAUCCGAAUGUUUCCGGAAAGCCGGUUUCGAAAUUUCUAACUAUUUUUUUAUACCACCAAAAAAUGAGCGAUUCUCCAUGCGACCAACUCACGCCGAAUAGAGAAAUUAAAAUGUAUAGUUCAAACCUUCAGCGAUGAUUCAAAAACGUAUCGCCAAAAAAUCAUGUUAAAAAGAGGGAACAUUCAAACGAACUUCACACGUGAAAAUGAGCGGUACACGAUGUUUCUCUCCUGAUCGCUCCCUUUUUGCUAACUGAAUAACUUUUGGCAUGCUUGAGAAACCGGUCGGUUCGGUCUUUUUUAAAACGCCUAUUUUUUCGAGUUUUUCAAAUUUUAAAAAGUUCUUUGGGCUUUAUAGAGGUUUUAACAGUUUUAAAGUACCUAUUUCUUCAUUAUAUGAAGAGUUUCGAAGUCAGUUUUUCGAAAAUUCUGGUCACUAUAUUUACAAAAACCACAAUCGAGAAUUCUACGCAAUUUGGGCCCGCAUAACAUCAUUUUCGAAUCUUUUCCAUUUGAAACAUUUUUUCAGAAGUUCGACCUGCCGCCAUUCGUGCAAGAUGAUCGCGUAACCCGAGAAUGUCAGUUUUGGCUGAAAACGCACAAAAAUCGGCAGAAAAUCGAGAAGGACGGAAGAGAUUUCGCAGCGAUCGCAACCAGAAGCGCUUGUCUUACUGUAUUGUGAAAGAGUGUUUUAGUGACCUCUUAAAGGAUAAUUAUGUGUACUAUAGUCUGUUCAGAUUUUGAAUGUCAAGUCGUCGCUCAAGCUCCGCCCCCUAAUGGCGCGACAAACCAAUCAGAGAGCGAGCCAUCCACAGAGCAUUUUCGAAUCACGUCAUUUUACUUGACAUUCAAAUUCUGAACGGACUAUAAAAAGUUUGAUAAGACCAGUGAAAAUUUAUCUUUUCCGAAUUCUCAGGGAUUUGUUUGUUUUUUUUUGGAAGAUAUAAUGUAUUCAUAACGUUGAUUUUUUUUUUUUUUGGAAGUUUUAGACCCCUUAAGUGAGUCUUUUUUUGAUGAAAAUCGGUUCUUGAUGGUAUCUGUAUCACAAAGAACCUUCUAAAGUCCCCUUUAUUUUUUCCCUCUUUGGUUUUUUUUCAUUAGUACUCGUUUUUUUUCACAUCCUAACCCUUUUCCUUCUGUUUGAAUGACUUUUUCUGGGUCUUCUGAUCUCGAUACUUCAUUUCCGGCCAAAGAGAAAAUGUGCUCCAAUCUUUCUUGUUUACAUAAUAAACUUUUUUUUUUGGUUUUGUUUUCUCGUGAAAUUUUAUCGAUUGUGAACUUCAUUCUGAGGCUUUAUUAAUAGAGGUUCACUUCUAGGAAUACUGCCACGAAAGGUACCUGAUUGAAAAUAAAUUGAGAGAAUUCGGGAAAAAUGAGAGACCAGAAAAAGAGAUUUCUCUAACCUCUCCGUUUUUGAACGCCCUCUAGUUUUUCUAAAUACGGAGAUUUAUUAAUUUGUAAUAUCGUUUGUUUGUGAUACACCUGUAGUAGUUUUGACGCGGUUUUCAAUCUUGAUAACCGCGUCAAAAUUAUUUAUUUUCUGGUCCUUUGCGCCUUUAAAUUUGUAGGUUUUUUGUGAACCUUUUUCAUCUCAUUUUUCGAUCAUGGAGUUCUUUUUUUCUGAAAAUAGCAGUUUUUUUGGAGAUCUGAGGUACUCAGAAAAUUUUUCUGACGAAAAAAAUCCUCUUUGAAGACGUUUAAAAUUGCAAUAAAAUUAAUUUUAAAAAAACAGAAAAAAACUUCAUCACACUUCCAACUGAAACAACAGAAGACAACAAUUCGCUUCAAAAUGAUUGUUUUCGAAAAGAAAAUCGAGAACUCGGAAAUUUUCAAAAGUCAAGAUGUUUUUUUUUUUUGAAAACGUAAUGAACAAAGCAAGAAAUGUGGUAUAGGACAAACAACUUCGAUUGUGAGAAAGAUCAAAAAAAAAUCCUCAAGUCCUCGGGUUUUACUUUUACUUGCCGUUCACUCGUUUAACUCCAGCCGAGCCCUCGAAAUGCAAUUUUUAGCCGCGAAAAGACCCCGUUUAUACUUAUAUGAGUCCAGCGGAUCUACGCAAACGCCCGAGCCUCCGUUCAGGACCAGGCGAUCACCCGAAACGUUAAAAAAACACCGGAUGAUCGGCUGCAGUACCCGUAG